AUGGGGAAGCCCGCGGCCCGGUGGGCCGUGGUGCUGGUGCUGGCGACGCUGCUCCGCCCCGCGGCCGCCCGUGCCUUCCGCAUGCCAUACGACCAGCUGCAGCAGCAGUCAUGUAGAAGCCUGGAGCCCGCCCCCGGCACGCCGUUUGAGGCGACCAUCAACCGCCGCCCAGACCUGCUGCCUGCGGAGGAUCUGUCGGAGGUGCUGACACUGCGGUACAAGGAGUCUGCCUUCCUGGUUUCCAAGGGAGAGAAGCACACCCUGGGCAGCUACGCCGCCGCGCAGUCCACCGCCACCCUGCACGUGUUUGAUGGCGGCGACGUGGCAGACUACCGCAACGGCAAGCCGCAGUUCUACAAGGCCAUGGUCAUGCUGAAGUGCGGGGAGGGGUCUGAGGGGGAUGAGCUGGUCAGCGUGUCCAGCAGCUUAGAGGAUGAGUACAAGCACACCUACGUCUUCAACAUCCGCACCAGCCGUGUGUGCCCGGACCAGCCGCCGUGCCCGGUGGAUGUGGAUGUGGAGCCGAUCCCUGAGGGCGAUUACGUCAUCUACAAGCCCUCCCUGCAGCGGCUGAGGUGCCCAGGAACCUACCUGAGCGCGCAGUACUGCGGCGGGCACAAGGGGCUGGAGCUGGCGCCCGUGGGCGCCGCCACCACAGACCUGCAGCGCUGGGCCUUCUCCGCCGCGGCGCCCGGGGGCGCGGGGCGCAACCUGCUGUCGCAGCCGAUUGCGAUACAGAGCCUGGGGCGGGUGGGCGGGCGCUGCGCCAGCUACCUGGGCCUCACCUCGGCGGCGCCGGGCUGCGCGGAAGGGACGGGCCUCAACCUGGCUGAUAGCUCCACAGCCUGGCUGGUGGAGUCAGGGCCCCCGGUGCCGCCCGGCUCCCUGCCCAACCGAUACUACAUCCGCGCGCAGGCAAGCGCGCCCUCGCGCCGCCACGCCUGCCACCGCGUCGGGCGUGCCGUGCUGUGGGGGCACAUGUGCAGGUUCGCCCGCUGCGUUACGACCGCCGCCGCCGUGCCGCCGCGCUGCGUGCAGGCCCUGGCCGCCGCCGGCUGCCCCAGGUCGUACCUGUGCCUCAGCGAGAGCUGCGAGGAGACCUCGUGGCAGCUGUGCGAGCGCAAUGAGGAGGGCUUCAUCUCCUGGUGGCACAUCCGCCCAGCGGACACCUCCGCCGUCGCCCGCCAGCGCCUCUGA